AUGGCUGGCUCAACGAUUGCUGUUGGUGCGGGAUGUGCUGUGCUUUAUUUGUUGAACGGAGGAAGGUGGUCUGUGACGCUGCUGAUCUUGCUAGCGUUCAUCUUCAUUUCCAGUAGUCAGUCUGAGGUUUCUUCAGAGAGUCACAAGACAAAUGAAACAGGAAAGCCAAAAUCACCUCCUCAGCCGGAUGAGCUUGCUAUGGACUUUACAACUGUGGACUUUGCUGCAAAAACCAAGCCCACUUUCCGCAAGGCUCCAGACGCUACCAAGGUGGUAACUGAAGGAGCAGUCUCUCUGAAGAAGUCGGCCAAAAGAGUGCCCAAAGUGAUCAAAGCCACAAGACCAGUGCGGAAAUCCGCAAAGGAGAUUCUAACUAAAUCCCAUGAGACUCUGGUGAACUCGAAUAUCAUCAUAUUCUACACAUCCCUUACGGGAGCCAGCGAACGGACUGCGAGAAGGUUAUACGAGCACAUAACCAGUCUUGGUCUCACGAACAAGCCGCAGAUUUUGAACUUGGACGAAGAUGUGGACGAUUUGGAUGACUAUUUUGUGAAUGUCCCUAAAAAAGACCAACUGGUGUACAUUUUGGUGCUGCCGUCUUAUGAGACAGACUCACCCAUAGACUACUUCCUGGAUACUUUGCAGGAGACUGCAAACGACUUCCGGGUGGAUAAAUACCCACUCAAGAAGCUCGCUGGGUUUGCUGUGCUUGGAUUGGGUGAUUCGGAAUCUUGGCCCGAAAAAUUCUGUUAUCAAGCCCAGAUUGCGGACAAAAGACUCAGCGCUCUUGGUGGAAGACGUAUCUUCCCGGUCGGCACCGUUUGCAUUAAGACAGGCGGGGAACUUAAGGUUGAUGAAUGGAUAAGAGGACUGGGAGAAUCCAUUACUGAUGAUGAACCUUUUGUUUUCCAGGAAAUGGAGAGCGAUGACGAAGACGAAGACUCCAACGCUUCGUCCGAGGAUACGCUUAUUGACGUUGAGGAUAUUACCAAAGGCUUCAAUGUUGCUUCUUCCGACGAGAAAAUUGAGAUCAAGCAAAUGGUGGCAAAAGAUUCACCAACAUACAAGUCAUUAACUAAGCAAGGAUAUACCGUUGUUGGAUCUCAUUCUGGAGUCAAGAUCUGUCGGUGGACCAAGUCUGCCUUGAGAGGACGUGGUUCAUGCUACAAAUUCGCUUUCUAUGGAAUUCGCUCUCAUCUUUGUAUGGAGACUACACCUUCUCUUUCGUGCUCGAAUAAGUGUGUAUUCUGCUGGAGACACGGAACCAACCCUGUCGGUACGACCUGGCGUUGGCAGGUGGAUGAGCCGGAUGUCAUCUUGAAGGGAGCCCUGGAGGGACAUUACAAAAAGAUCAAGCAAAUGAGAGGUGUUCCUGGUGUUGAUUCAGACCGGUUCAAUGAGGCAUUUACUGUUCGUCACUGUGCACUUUCAUUGGUUGGUGAGCCAAUCUUCUACCCUCAUAUCAACGAGUUUGUGGGCAUGUUGCAUGCAAAGCACAUCUCGUCAUUCUUGGUGUGCAAUGCGCAGCAUCCUGAUCAAUUGAAGGCUUUGAACAAAGUGACUCAGUUGUAUGUAUCCAUCGAUGCUGCUAAUAAGAACGAGCUGAAGAGAGUGGACCGUCCUCUCUACAAAGACUACUGGGACAGACUUCAAAAAUGUCUUGAGAUACUCAGCACGACUCAGCUUCACCAGAGAACCGUUUUCAGAUUAACUCUAGUUAAAGGGUUCAAUAUGGGAGAAGUAGAGGGUUAUGCUGAUAUGGUGGAGAAAGGAUUACCCUCUCUCAUUGAGAUCAAAGGUGCCACUUUCUGUGGUUCAUCUUCUGGAAACGGUAAUCCGUUGACCAUGCAGAACAUUCCGUUCUACGAGGAAUGUCAGAAUUUCGUUAGGGCGCUGAAUAAGGAAGUGAACUCCAGGGGAUUGGAGUAUGACAUUGCCGCCGAACACGCCCAUUCCUGUUGUAUUCUUAUUGCUCAGAAGAAGUUUCAAAGAGAGGGCAAAUGGUACACACAUAUAGAUUACAAAAGGUUCUUCGAGCUCUUAGAGAGCGGAGAAGAAUUCACUGAUAUGGACUACAUCGCGCCCACACCUGAAUGGGCCUACUGGGGAUCAGAGCAAGCUGGGUUCAACCCCCAAGACCAGAGGUUUAACCGCAAAGAGGAGAAGUUAAAAAGGAAGCUAGCCAUGGAAGUGUAA